GACCCAAAUAUUUGAAGAGUACAGUUCGUUAGAACGCAAAGAUUAAUAUGUCUGGAACUUCGCAGAAGCACCGCAAUUUUGUUGCUGAACCGAUGGGAGACAAGCCCGUGACGGAACUAGCCGGCGUGGGAGAAACCCUUGGUGGACGCUUAGAAGCCGCGGGAUUUGAUAAGGCCUACACUGUUCUUGGACAAUACUUGAUCUUGAAAAAAGACGCAGAAUUAUUCAAAGAGUGGAUGAAAGAUGUUUGCCAUGCGAGCUCAAAGCAAGCAUCAGAUUGCUAUCAAUGCCUUAACGAUUGGUGCGAGGAGUUUUUGUAAGAUUAAUUUGUUACUCAUUAUGUUAAUUUACAAAAAUUUGUAUUAAAAUAGUUGUUUUAAUAAUAUCAAAUGAACAAUAUUUUAAUAUUAAGUGUCAUGUUUUAAAUAUCUACACAUUGCUUUCUUUAAAUUCAGUUGAGUGAAAUAGUGAUUUUAUUUUUUAACUUCACCGUUCAAUGUAACUUUGUACUUUGUGUUCCCUCCUAAAGUUUCUUCCAUAUAACCGCGAAAUUGUUUUUCUAACUUUUCCGAAAACAUUUUUUUAAAUAUAUAUCUGUAAAUAAUA